UGACGCUACUGUAACUUCUUCCUUCCCGAGGAGCUUCCCUGGACUUUCCAGACUACUUGCUUCCACCGGACCAACUCCAACAACCACCGUCUCUACAACAUACUAUCUAUCUAUAUCUAUAUGUUAUAUAUAACAUAUUUAUAUAAUUAUAUGUGUUUUUCCGUCACUUCUCGAACUUUCAGCUGAAUUGUACUUUUUACUGAAAUCAGCGAUCAUAGUUUCUCCGUCACAGAUCUUAUCUCAGGCGUAAAUUCACUUUCUUAGGUGUUCACAGCUCAAUUCAAACCUCCGUAUAUUUUGUAGGAUUCUGAAUCACUCGCCCACUCUGGUGAUGACGUCAGGGUAUAACAUCACAGAUCUUUCUCGAGAAGCACAAAUCCGGUGGUUAAAGCCGGGGGAGGUGCUUUUCAUACUGCAGAAUUAUGAAGAAAGCCAGCUUACCCAUGAGCCUCCUCAGAAGCCACCCAGUGGCUCUUUGUUUCUGUUCAACAAGAGGGUCCUCCGGUUUUUUCGCAAAGAUGGUCAUAGUUGGAGGAGGAAAAAGGAUGGAAGAACUGUUGGGGAAGCGCAUGAACGUCUAAAGGUAGGAAACGUUGAAGCUCUAAACUGUUAUUAUGCACAUGGUGAGCUGGAUCCGAACUUUCAGAGGCGUAGUUAUUGGAUGUUGGAUCAGGGAAUGGAUCACAUUGUACUUGUUCAUUACAGAGAUAUAACCAUGAGUGGACAUAGUCCUGGAUCAAUGUCAACAUUUUCUACAGGAUCUUCUGCACUUAUUCAGGGUUCCAGCUCCUAUGCUUCUCCAUUUGCUCAAUCUGUUGGUGCUUUCAGCCAAUUUCGUGAGCCUUAUGAUAGCACUUCCAGUCCCAGUUCUAUAGAAGUUAGUUCGGAUGUAGUUACUAAGUCUAAUGGAACAAGUCCUUUCAGUCUAAAUGAAGGAACAGAGGAUAUUGGCCGUUCACCUAAUUUUGAAAUUGAUCAGGCGUUGCGACGGAUAGAGGAGCAGUUAAGUUUGGGCGAGGAUAACUUGAAAGACCUCAGUGCAUUUUAUAGUGAAAACGAGAUUUCAAAUCAUUUAGGAUUUUCAGUUAACGAGCUAAAUUAUGACGGAUCCGGAGGGAUGCAAGAGGAUUUAAACAAUUAUGUAUCUGAGCAAUAUCCAGGUGGGUAUGUGAGACCACAUCAAUACCAGCAACAAUCAGAGGGUGGAUUUUCCAUUACAAGUCAGCAAGAUUCAGUUUGGAAUGAUGUGAUAAAAUACAAUGGGAAUGCAGUAGGUGAUGGUUCACAAAGGAAUCAAGAUUAUCCUUCAGACAAAAAUGGAAAACUUCUACCUCAACCAAGAAGAGACCCACUGAAACAGCAAGAAAAACACAAUGCUGGAUAUACUGAUGCAAUUCAUAACUCAUCUGUAUUACUGCCUCAUGAACUUGAAGAAUUCAAAUUUCCUGCAUAUACUUCAAGAAAUUUGUCUGAAAGUUACCCAGACUUCUACUCAACGUUGUUUGAGCAAGGACAAAAUGGAAUGCCUCUUGAAUCAGAUUCAAGUCUGACAAUUGCACAAGAACAGAAAUUUACUAUUCGUGAGAUAUUCCCUGAAUGGGGUUAUGCAUCUGAGCCAACAAAGGUACUGGUUAUUGGGACUUUCACACAAGACCAGUCCAGAAGAGAAUGGUACUGUAUGUUUGGUGACACUGAAGUUCCUGUUGAGAUUAUUCAAGACGGAGUCCUCUGUUGUUAUGCUCCUCCUUCUUUGCCUGGAAAAGUUACUCUUUGUAUCACCUCUGGCAACCGAGAGUCUAGUAGUGAAAUCAGAGAGUUUGAGUUCCGUGAUAAACCAAACACUUACAUCCAUAAUGACCCAACGGAUAAAAAAUCUAGAAAUUCUGAAGAACUAUUGUUGCUUGUAAAAUUCGUGCAAAUGCUACUGUCUGAUCAUUCUAUUCAAAAUGGAAAGCCAAAAAUUGACCUGACUGGUUCAAUGGCUGGUGAAGACUCGUGGGCUCAAAUAUUUGAGGCUCUUUUAGAUGGAAGUUUGGCAUCAUCUAAUGCAACUGAGUGGCUUCUGGAAGAACUUCUAAAAGACAAGCUGCAACAAUGGCUUUCUUCUAGAGUGUUGGGUAAGAAUGAUGUUCCAGCCUUGUCCAAAAGAGAACAAGGGGUGAUACAUAUGAUUUCUGGGUUGGGAUUUGGAUGGGCUUUGCCCCCAAUUCUUAACUCUGGAGUCGGUGUCAACUUCCGUGACAUUAAUGGCUGGACUGCCCUUCACUGGGCAGCUCGAUUCGGAAGGGAGAAGAUGGUAGCUGAACUCCUAGCAUCCGGUGCUUCUGCUGGAGCAAUCACUGAUCCCAGUCAUCUAGACCCAACUGGUCAAACUCCAGCUUCUGUAGCUGCCAAUUGUGGACACAAAGGGCUUGCUGGUUAUCUUUCAGAAAUGUCGUUAACCAGUCAUCCAUCCCUCCAGCUACAACAAACUGAACUUUCCAGAACUUCUGCUGAUAUAGAAGCUGAAAGAGCAGCAGUCGAUAGUAUCUCAAAGCUAAAUCUUAUUACAAAUGAGGAUCUCUCUCUUAAGGACACUUUAGCUGCUAUUAGGAAUACAACCCAGGCUGCUGCACGUAUACAAUCUGCUUUUAGGGCACACUCUUUUAGGAGAAGGCAACAAAAGGAAUCAAAUGCAUAUGGUAGUGGAGAUGAGUAUGGUAUACUUCCAAGUGACAUUGAGGGACUUUCGGCAGCAUCGAAGUUUACUUUUCGAAAUGGCAAUGAUCAUAAUGCGGCUCUGUCUAUUCAGAAGAAAUACCGAGGGUGGAAAGGCCGGAAGGACUUCCUCGCACUUCGCCAGAAAGUAGUGAAAAUACAGGCUCACGUAAGAGGUCAUCAGGUAAGGAAAAGCUAUAGGGUAUUCUGUUGGGCCGUCGGUGUAGUUGAAAAGGUUGUGCUGAGGUGGCGUCGCAAGGGAGUAGGCUUGCGUGGAUUCAAGCAAGAACUGGGAGCCCUUGAUGAAAGUGAGGAUGAAGACUUCGUUAAGGUAUUUCGAAAGGAAAAAGUAGAUGCUUCUAUUGAUGAAGCUGUUUCAAGAGUGCUCUCCAUGGUGGAAUCUCAACAGGCACGUCAGCAAUACCGCCGCAUGCUUCAAAAAUACCGACAGGCCAAGGCUGAACGCGAAGGUCUGGAGAAUGAAGCAAGCUCAACUUCUCAAAGUGAUGUAAUGAAUACGGAAAACAAUCAUCUAAAUCAGUUUAUGUAGAAAAAGUUGUUGCUUAGCCUAAUUAGCGUCAGGUGUUUAUGUGGUAGGUCAUCAAGGGUUUCUGAUUAUGGUUGUAUAUAGAUACAUGUACUUUAGUUUUGCAUUGGUAUUGGGUGUGUUGAAUAACUGUAAGUAGCACAAAUGGUUUUCCUUUAAGCUCCAUUUCUCGCUGUCUGAAUAGGCAACCAUGCUCUCUAA